ACUCUGAUCAGUGUUUGGGUCUCCUCCGUGCUGCGUGCAUCGCGGCUCCGCUCCCUCGACAGCGUUUCCCCUUCCUGGAAGUGCUAACGCGCAUGAAAACAAAGCACGGAGGAUUUCGAGUGUUGGUUUGUUUUGUUGUUUUUGGACACGUGGUGCCCGCUGGACUCCCUCAGUCUCCCCCCCCGUGGUCCGGCGUGGGCGAGCAUGGAGAUGAACGGCCGCGUCCUGCCGCCGUCGAUACCGGAGGAUGGAGAAGCCCCGGGCGAUGGAGUCCAGAUGGAGAGGAACGGUUACCGCCAGAGGCUCCAGGACGGCGAGGGGGGGGAGGCCGAGGUCGCGGUGUCCAAGUCCCAGAGACGAAAGAGCGAUGUCAAAGUCUAUAAGGAGUUUUGUGAUUUUUACGCCCGCUUCAACAUGGCCAACGCUUUGGCCAACGCCAUGUGCGAGCGCUGCAAAAGUGGUUUUGCCCCGGCUGAGAAGAUAGUGAACAGCAACGGGGAGCUCUACCACGAGCAGUGCUUCGUGUGCGCCCAGUGCUUCCAACAAUUCCCAGAGGGACUCUUCUACGAGUUUGAAGGCAGGAAAUACUGCGAACACGACUUCCAGAUGCUGUUCGCUCCCUGCUGCCACCAGUGUGGUGAGUUCAUCAUCGGCCGCGUGAUCAAGGCCAUGAACAACAGCUGGCAUCCAGACUGCUUCUGCUGUGACAUCUGCCAGGCUGUGCUCGCAGAUGUUGGAUUUGUUAAGAAUGCUGGAAGGCACCUGUGUCGUCCAUGUCACAACAGAGAGAAAGCUCGAGGCCUCGGCAAGUACAUCUGUCAGAAGUGCCACGCCAUCAUUGAGGAGCAGCCGCUUCUGUUCAAGAACGACCCGUACCACCCCGAUCACUUUAACUGCAAUAACUGCGGCAAAGAGCUGACUGCUGAUGCCAGGGAGCUGAAGGGGGAGCUCUACUGUCUGCCCUGCCACGACAAGAUGGGGGUCCCCAUCUGCGGGGCCUGUAGGAGACCCAUCGAGGGCCGCGUGGUUAAUGCCAUGGGCAAACAGUGGCACGUGGAGCAUUUUGUGUGUGCCAAGUGUGAGAAACCCUUCCUGGGACACCGUCACUACGAGCGCAAGGGCCUGGCCUACUGUGAGACUCACUAUAACCAGCUGUUUGGAGAUGUUUGCUACCACUGCAACCGUGUGAUUGAAGGCGAUGUGGUGUCCGCCCUCAACAAGGCUUGGUGUGUCAACUGUUUUGCCUGCUCCACCUGCAACACCAAGCUCACCCUCAAAAACAAGUUUGUGGAGUUUGACAUGAAGCCGGUGUGUAAGAAGUGCUACGAGAAAUUCCCUCUGGAGCUGAAGAAGAGGCUGAAGAAGCUGUCUGAGACUGUCGCCCGCAAGUGAACGGGGGAAAUAGAUGAGACCCCCGACGUGACCAUGCAAGUCACAUUUCCAGAGUUGACAAUCGUAUAACAACGUCUUUGUGUAUUUUACAUUAAAUGUAUGUUCAAUUUAGCUUGGCAUUUAAAAGGAACAUACCAUCUUUUGUCUUUUCGGUUACAGAAGAUCUAUUCGUCAUCUUUAAACUGACGGAAGACUAACAGACAGAUUGUUCAGUAGGUUUGAAAUGAACCUCUUCAGUGCCUUUUGGGUCAAAUACUGUACUGAAUAUUUUUCACAUGCUUGCUUUAUUUCCAUUAAUGCAUUAGCCGUAAACACAGAUGAUAAUGGUCCUGCAUUUCAAAUGAGCUUUAAAAAAACACAACCCAAAGAAAGUUGCGCUGAAUACAUUUUUAUUAAAUUGUAUUUUAUAUAAUGCUAAAAACAUUCUCAACUCAUCUCUGGAGUAGAAUUUCUGUUAUAUUUACAGUUUGACAUUAUACAGUGUUCUCCUUAAUGUUACAGUGAUGAACUCAACCAUCACCUGGAGUAUGUUGGAUUGCCCAAAUGUGCUAUGCAAUUUAUAUGUGAAACCAUCUACAUCAACUGUUAUGUACACAGUCACCAGUGUGUUAGGUUCACCUGUACAAUCUAAGAUAAUCCAAUACAAGAGCUAAAUGAAUUCCCUCGUGUAAACUCUUCACUUUUUGAUGUAACUACUAUAAUUUACAGUUGAUAACACACGAUGGUGACUGGAUAUUCAAAACAGCACCUCUGAUAAAUUCAUCAAACUCUGUACAUAAUCUUCACAGUGUCAGGAUUUAUUGCCUGGCAGCUGGUAACUGUGUGUCUUGCAACAUGAUGGCAUGUGCUGAGACUGGACGUCGGAGAACACGUGUCUCUGCUGUCUGUAAUCCAAAGAAAGGGAUCGUCUUAGCAGGGUGUACCGACGGUCUCAGGGCUCAGAUCCUCUUCGGUAAACCGUUGCCAAUGGGACAGACUAGUUUCACUUAAGCAGCCCAUGAUACUGUUCAUCUUUUACCUGGUAGUUUUAUAGAAAAACACAUUCCACUAUUUUCUAGAAGUUUUUUACUAUUUCACUAUCCGUGUCACAAUAUUUGUCAUGUAGAGGUAUAGUUAGAUUCUGAACUUCAGCUCCACUAAAAAAUGCAGUUGACAACUUACUACCAUGGCAACUCUCAUAUUGUAUAUCAUCUUUGCUUGUCAAAAGACACUAUUUAUUCAUGUAAACACCAACGUGCAUGUCCUAAACUUGAAUUGAAGGCUAUUUUCAUUAUACCUAAAGUAUUUCUGCACGCUCUUCUGAAUAAACAUUGUGUGUCAAUGAUA